AUGGAUAAACAACAAAAUAUACUACAAAAUUUAAUGAAUUUACCUAAAUUUGAACCCAUGACACCGAAAAAAACGUACUAUAUAAAUCGCACAACAACAUAUGAUACAAUAUUGAAAUUGAUUCGUCUUGCAAGUAAAGCAAAACAGUUUAUUAUACAAACAAAGUAUUGUCAUGCGAAUAAACAUCCAGCACUAAUUACAAUCUUAUUUGCGAAUGAAUUCCAACUACAUAUUCUUUUAAUUGAAACUAUAUAUUUAACAAAGGCUGAUUCCAUUUUACAUAAUAAAAUACAACAAUUAUUUUUUAUUAUCUUAUCACCAUCGAAUGUUGUUCACUCAUGGACUGAUAUAAAAGAGGAACUUCAAUCCUUCCUAAACUCUUUUUUAUUUACGUUCCAUCAAAUUCAAAAUAUUCGUGUAACUAACAUUAAAGAUAAAUUUCAACAUUGGUUUCAAAACACCUUUGUUAAUAUUGAACUAAAUAACAUUUCAUUGAAUGAUUCAACAUUAGAGAUGGCAAUCGCUUUUAUGUUUCAACAAUAUCUAGAUACAACUCUUUCAAAAAGUAGUGAUUGGAAUAUAGGACUCUUUUUAGAACUUUACCCAGAUCAUCACGAAGGACUAUUUCAUAGAGGUGCAUAUGUUUGUAGUUUACCGAAACCAAAUCGAUAUCGAGCUCUACAUAUUGAAUAUGCUAUUCAUGAAUGUAUGGCUGUCAACAGAAUAGUUAGAAUUUUCCAAAAUUCUUGGACACGGACACACGCUGAAAACUAUUUAAAAAAUUAUUAUAACAUUCAUCACUGA